AAGGCAAAGCGACAGCCCAGAAGGAAACGAAGCCAGAGGCCGAGAAAGAGGGAGAGGUCGGAGCAGCGGAAAGGGGGACCGCAGCGGCGAAAGAAGAAAGAGAAGUCUCUCUCUCUCCUCUUCCCCACCUCCAAAGCCCCCUCUUUUCGCUCUCGGCGACGCCCCCCGUGGGUUCCAAGAAGGGGAAAAGGAAACAGAGGAGAAGGGGAGGGAGAGGGGGGAGUUCUUGGCCCCAGUCUAGCCGUAGGCAUUGGAACGCCGGAGCUGAUCUCGGCCGCUAGGUGUAGAAGGAUAUAGGCAGAGCUAGGGAGAGCAAGAUACGUUUGGAGGAGAUAAAAAAACGGUUCCUUGUAUAUAUAAAGGAAGUGGCGGAUCCAAGGCGGAGCUGGAAUUCUAGUAUCGUUGCAAAAUUGUUAUUUUUCCUGGAUUCUUUUCGUUGGAUCUUUGGUAGGGUUUUGGAACCUCUUUGAAAGGGUCGGUUGAGGAGCUUCUUGAAUCGCUUACUCUGUCGAGAUCUGGAAUGGCGACCUCAGCCGGUAUCACAGUAGGAUCUCAGGUUUGGGUCGAGGACACCGGUGUGGCUUGGAUAGAUGGGGAAGUCGUGGAGGUCAAGGGUGAUGAAAUAACAGUCAGCUGUACUUCAGGGAAGACAGUCACAGUUAAAGCUUCUGGUGCCUAUCCUAAGGAUCCUGAAGCACCACCUUGCGGAGUUGAUGACAUGACAAAACUUGCCUAUUUGCAUGAACCAGGAGUUCUGCAGAACUUAAGAUCUAGAUAUGACAUCAAUGAAAUAUAUACUUAUACCGGAAGUAUAUUGAUUGCUGUCAAUCCUUUCCGCAAACUGCCCCAUCUCUAUGAUAGCCACAUGAUGGAACAAUACAAAGGGGCAGCUUUUGGUGAGCUGGCCCCCCAUCCUUUCGCUGUUGCAGAUGCUGCAUACCGACUGAUGAGAAAUGAGGGGGUAAGCCAAUCGAUAUUAGUAAGUGGAGAAAGUGGAGCAGGGAAAACAGAAAGCACCAAAAUGCUUAUGCGUUAUCUUGCUUACAUGGGAGGGAGAGCUGCAGCUGAAGGCCGGACAGUGGAGAAACAAGUGCUUCAGUCCAAUCCUGUUCUUGAAGCAUUUGGCAAUGCAAAGACAGUCAGAAAUAAUAACUCAAGUCGUUUCGGCAAGUUUGUUGAGAUUCAAUUUGAUCAGAGGGGGAGGAUUUCAGGAGCUGCCAUCAGAACUUACCUUCUUGAAAGAUCUCGUGUCUGCCAAGCAUCUGAUCCUGAGAGGAAUUAUCACUGUUUCUACAUGCUUUGUGCUGCACCACCAGGGGACAUUGAGAAAUAUAAAUUGGGAAAUCCUAGAACAUUUCAUUAUCUUAACCAGUCCAACUGCUUUGAGCUUGAUGGCGUAGAUGAUUCUAAAGAAUACCUGGAAACUAGAAAAGCGAUGGAUAUUAUUGGAAUCAGUUCUGAUGAACAGGAUGCAAUAUUCCGUGUUGUAGCUGCUAUUCUCCACUUAGGUAAUAUUGAAUUUGCAGAGGGAAAAGAAACAGAUUCAUCUGAGCCAAAAGAUGAAAAAUCAUGGUUCCAUUUAAGAACUGCUGCUGAGCUUUUUAUGUGUGAUGCAAAGGCCCUUGAGGAUUCUUUAUGUAAGCGUAUCAUUGUAACCCGUGAUGAACAAAUAAUAAAAAGCCUUGACCCAGAAACUGCAGCUCUCAGUCGAGAUGCCUUGUCAAAGAUCGUAUAUUCACGGUUGUUUGAUUGGCUUGUAAAUAAGAUCAACAAUUCAAUUGGUCAGGAUCCCGAUUCAAAGAAUUUAAUUGGAGUACUAGAUAUAUAUGGCUUUGAAAGUUUCAAGACAAACAGCUUUGAGCAGUUCUGCAUCAAUCUGACAAAUGAAAAACUGCAACAACAUUUUAAUCAGCAUGUUUUUAAAAUGGAGCAGGAAGAAUAUACAAAAGAAGAAAUCAAUUGGAGUUACAUUGAGUUCGUUGAUAAUCAGGAUGUGCUUGAUCUCAUUGAAAAGAAACCAGGUGGGAUCAUUGCCCUUCUGGAUGAGGCUUGUAUGUUGCCAAGAUCAACACAUGAAACAUUUGCUCAGAAGCUGUAUCAGUCUUUUAAGAACCACAAACGCUUCAGCAAGCCAAAAUUGUCACCCUCUGAUUUCACCAUUUCCCACUAUGCUGGCGAUGUCACAUAUCAGACAGAGUUGUUCUUAGAUAAGAACAAGGAUUAUGUUGUUGCUGAGCAUCAAGCACUCUUGAAUGCUUCCAAGUGUUCUUUUGUCUCAGGCUUAUUUCCACCUCUUUCUGAGGAUUCAUCCAAAUGUUCAAAGUUUUCAUCAAUAGGCUCAAGGUUUAAGCAACAACUACAAGCUCUUCUAGAAACUCUGAGUGCCACUGAGCCACACUACAUUCGCUGUGUUAAACCAAAUAAUCUUCUGAAGCCAGCGAUUUUUGAGAAUAAUAGUGUUCUGCAGCAGCUUAGGUGUGGGGGAGUGAUGGAGGCAAUUAGGAUAAGCUGUGCUGGGUAUCCAACGAGGCGGGCAUUUUAUGAGUUCAUAGAUCGUUUUGGCAUUCUCGCACCAGAUGUUCUAGAUGGGAGUUGUGAUGAGGCCACUGCUUCGAAGAGGUUGUUAGAAAAGGUGGAUCUCAAAGGCUAUCAGAUAGGGAAAACAAAGGUGUUUCUUCGGGCUGGUCAGAUGGCUGAACUUGAUUCUCGUAGGAAUGAAGUGUUAGGAAGAUCUGCUAACAUAAUUCAGAGGAAAGUUCGGUCAUAUUUGGCUCGUAAAAAUUUCAUUUUACUGCAAAAAUCAGCUGUACAGAUUCAAGCUAUGUGCAGAGGACAACUUGCAAGGCAAUGUUACGAAGGAAUGCGAAGACAGUUCGCUUCUCUGAGGAUUCAGACAUGUUUCCGCAUGUAUCAUGCAAGAAAAGCUUACCAAGAUCUGUCUUCUGCAUCUAUGAUGAUUCAGGCUGGUUUACGUGGGAUGGCUGCCCGAAAGGAACUUCAUUUCAGGCAGCAGACAAGGGCUGCAAUUAUUAUUCAGAGUCAAUGUCGCCGAUACUUGGAACACUUACAUUAUUCAAGGAUGAAAAAAGCUGCAAUUACUACUCAAUGUGCUUGGAGAGGAAAGCUUGCUAGAAGAGAGCUACGAAAGCUUAAAAUGGCGGCAAAGGAAACUGGUGCUCUCCAAGCUGCCAAAAAUAAGUUGGAGAAACAAGUUGAGGAACUUACAUUGCGCCUCCAGCUCGAGAGACGCAUGAGGGCUGACCUGGAGGAAGCGAAAACACAGGAAAAUGCAAAAUUGCAAGCUGAAUUGCAGGAGAUGCAGCAAAAAUUCAACGAAACAAAAGCUUUGCUGAUUAAGGAGCGUGAGACUGCCAAAAAAGCUGCCGAGGAAGUUCCUGUCAUAAAGGAGGUCCCAUUUAUUGAUACAGCCUUGACAGAUAAGCUUAGAGAGGAAAAUGAGAAGCUUAAGACUUUGGUGAGUUCUCUUGAAAAGAAGAUUGAUGAAACUGAGAAGAAGUUUGAAGAAACAAGCAGAAUUAGUGAGGAAAGGUUAAUGAAGGCAAUGGAGGCUGAGUCAAAAAUGAUUGACAUGAACAAUGCAAUGCAAAGUCUUAAAGAAAAACUAUCUAACAUGGAGUCCGAGGAUCAAAUUCUCCGGCGGCAAUCUUUGUUGCAUGCACCUGUAAAGCGCAUGUCUGAACAUUUGUCAAUUCCAACAACUCCAUCAAAACAUAAUUUGGAGAAUGGUCACCAUGACCUUGAGGAGCCCAAGGAAACUCAAAGUGCACCUCCAGCUAUUAAGGAUUAUGCAAACACUGAUCCUAAGUUGAGGAGAUCUUAUAUAGAGAGGCAGCAUGAGUGCGUUGAUGCUCUCAUUAAUUGUAUCAGCAAAAAUAUUGGGUUUAGUCAAGGAAAACCAGUUGCUGCACUUACCAUAUACAAAUGCCUUCUACACUGGAAAUCUUUUGAAGCGGAAAAGACUAGUGUUUUUGAUCGACUCAUUCAGACCAUUGGUUCGGCAAUUGAGAAUGAGGAGAACAAUGAUCAUCUUGCUUACUGGCUAUCAAAUGCAUCUAGUUUGUUAUUCCUGCUACAACGGAGUCUCAAGGCUGCAGGGGCUGUUCAGCAUCGCAAACCCCCUCCUCCAACAUCACUGUUUGGGAGGAUGACACAAAGAUUUCAUUCUUCUGCAAAUCUUCCUGUGGAUGAACUGAAUGUUGUUGUGCGUCAAGUUGAAGCCAAGUAUCCUGCCUUGCUUUUCAAGCAACAACUCACAGCUUAUGUGGAGAAGAUGUAUGGAAUUAUCCGUGAUAAUGUGAAAAAAGACUUGUCUUCAUUGCUUUCAUCAUGUAUUCAGGCACCAAGGACAAGGGCGCUGCGAGGCUCGGGGCGUUCAUUUGGGAGUCAAACUCAGAGCAGCCACUGGCAGAGCAUCAUUGAUUGCCUCAAUAAUCUUCUGCAAACAUUGCAAGAAAACUAUUUGGCUCCGGUUCUAAUUCAAAAGAUGUUUACUCAGAUUUUCUCCUCCAUCAAUGUACAACUUUUUAACAGCCUACUCCUUCGCCGGGAGUGUUGCUCCUUCAGCAAUGGAGAGUAUGUAAAGGCUGGUUUGGCUGAUCUGGAGUUAUGGUGUGGACAAGCAAAAUCUGAGUAUGCUGGAUUAUCUUGGGAAGAACUUAAGCACAUAAGGCAAGCUGUGGGUUUUUUGGUAAUAUUUCAGAAGUAUAGGAUUUCCUAUGAUGAGAUUGUCAAUGACCUGUGUCCGGUAACAACACCUGCUCUGUGUGUGUGUGUGUGUGUGUUUGAUUUAUCAUGCACAUGCCUACACAUGUGCUUGAGCACCAUUUCAUGUGUGCUUGUCUUUUUGCCUCUAUCACGCAGUUCACAUGUCCAUGCUUAUUGUUUCUUUCUGCAGAUCCUUAGUGUUCAACAGCUUUACAGAAUUUGCACACAGUAUUGGGAUGACAAGUACAACACACAAAGUGUUUCUUCAAGUGUUCUUUCCAGCAUGCGGGUUUUAAUGACAGAGGAUUCUAAUGAUGCAGAUAGCAGUUCCUUCUUGCUGGAUGACAACUCCAGUAUUCCAUUCUCAGUCGAUGACAUCUCAAGUUCUGUAAAGGAAAGGGACUUCUCAGAUGUCAAACCAGCAGAGGAGCUUCUUGAUAACCCAGCCUUCGAAUUUUUACAGAAGUGAGGCUGUGGAUCCUUGGGUAUUUUUGUGUUCCCAUAGUCUGUCUCCUCAUGCAGAUUCUUGCUUCUCUCUGUGUAAAUCCAUUCAAUUUUCUCUUUGUAUUUUCCCUUGACUGCUGGGUGUGUAAAAUUAUCAUUUUUCUUUUUUUUGGAUUAGAUGUGUAAAAUUCUUUAUAGGGUAGCUAAUGAGGUUGGGAUGAGUAUCACCCCUCCCUUAGAGAGUCUCUUUUUCAAGUGAGGCAGCAUUCUUUUGUAGACAAGUUUCAGCAUUCAGUCAAUCAAAUAUAGGGUAUGGUGGGAGGAGAAUGUCCUAAUGAUCCCCCUUCUACAAGGCAUCAGGUAAAUGUAAAGCGACAGAUUAUGAAAACAGAUAUUUAUAGGAAAUUCUUUUUUUUCAUUUAUUAACAGGAGAGCCAA